CCUGGUUGUAGAUGGGGACAAUCACAGGAUUAAUAAAUACGACCGUACAGGUACUUUCAUAAUGUCCGUGGGACAGAAAGGUAACAAAGAGUUGGAGUUCCUGCGUCCAACUGGCAUAGGUGUCAAUAAAAGCUGGUUAUGUGUAUGUUUGCGAUCGUGCUAAUCACCGAAUUCAAAUCUUAAAACCUAAUCUCACAUUUGACUCAAUGUUUGGAGGCUAUGGAGAGGAGACUGGGUAUUUGCACUACCCGUGGGACGUCGCCUUUGACUCUGAGGGUAUGGUCUAUGCAACAGUCCCUGGCCAAUAUUCCAUAAAGAAGUUUUCUCCAAACGGAGUCUAUCACUCGACAGUUGUCGAUAAGAAUACUCAGGGAUUUAAAGAAGGAGAACCCAAAUGUCUUGAGAUGUUAUUUAUUGAUGAACAAGAUUACAUGUACGUGACUGAUCGCGAGUGUCACUGUGUCUUUGUAUUUGAUACAGGUGGUAGGUUUUAUGCUCGUGUUGGUAACUAUGGGUCGGCUGAGGGUCAGUUUUAUUACCCAAGAGGUGUGGCUAAAGGAGAAGAAGGCCUGUACGUUAGUGAAGCUGGAAAUAAAAGGUUACAAUUGUUUGGAUAAAAUGGAGAAAAGAGGGAGAGACAUUUUGAACUAAAAAAGAAUUACUAAAAACCACUCAAUCUUGAUUAUAGUGUAUAUGAUUAUUAUAUUGUUGUUUUUAUUAAAUUUUUCGUUCAAAAAUUAGCAGAA